AUAGAUUCUGACUGACUGCUUCCUGACUUCCUGACUGCUUCCUCAACGUUUUGAUGUCAGAAGAGGAGAGCGCCAAAACAAUGGAGCCCCAGAGGAAGCGCUGGAAAGGCUCCGAGUGUGGCUCUGACUCCUGGACAGUUUACCCUGUGCUGUCGGAUGAGCAGUCACAAGACCUGGAGCUGGUGGAGGCGUUUGCUGCACCCGUGCUCAACAAGAAGGAGACAUCUCGACUUCUCCGCGAGCUGAGCAGCCUGUACCCGAUGAGCGGCCUUCAGCACAUCAAGAGGGUGCGGACGGUGAAGGGCAGCCCCCACCCUCCGGAGGUCCUCCUGUGUCUUGUCAGGGAUGCACCACACAUGGAGGUUCUGAGCAUCGACUCUCUGCUCCCCUCAGGAGUGAAACAUGACGCCUUAGGUGAGCCUUUUCGGGUUAAGAUCCCUGCACGUCCCCCGUUGACCCGCCCCCAGUUUGAGCAGGCGGGAAAACACUGGCCCACCUCCUUCCAUGAGGACAAACAGGUGACUGUGGCCCUGAGGGGGGAGCUGUUCACUGCACCUCAGAAGGCCAGUAUGCACACGCACAUGAUGUCUGCUCUGACUGCGGCCAAAGCAGGAAGUGAGUUGGGGAUGGACGCGGUGGGGGCCGUGGUGGUGGACCCAUCAACAGAGAAGGUCAUUGCAGUGGGCCAUGACUGCAGAGGAGACCACCCCCUCCAUCAUGCAGUCAUGGUCUGCAUUGAUCUCGUGGCACGUGGCCAGGCCGGCGGGAGUUAUUAUUUUGACCAAUACCCCGCUUGUACAUUUACUCCCCCAGCCUCGGACACCUUUCAAAGCACUCCCAGCUCUCUGCCAUACAUCUGCACUGGGUACGACCUCUACGUGACCCGUGAACCUUGUAUCAUGUGUGCCAUGGCACUCGUCCACUCUCGGAUAGGGCGGGUCUUCUACGGGACAGCCUCUGCCGACGGGGCCUUAGGGAGAAAAUAUAAAAUCCACACGCAGAAAGAUCUGAACCAUCACUUUGAGGUUUACAGAGGAGUGCUGGGAGAGCAGUGUGAGGAUCUGACAUCCAUAGAGGAGGUUUACAGGAAGGUGGAUUAUUAACGGAUCAGUUUAAGUUUGGAUCAAUUGGAGCUGUCACAGGUCGACUGUAGAAUACAUUUUACAUCAGCAUUUCCUUUAAAUAAAGUUUUUAAUCUUUUGGUUAUUGUUGUUAGGGCUGCAUAAUUGAUCAAAAUUGAAUCUGUAUUGCAAUAUGGACUAUAGCAAUAUUCAAAUCAAACAUAAUAUUUCAAAGGCUAAACAUGUAUUAAAAUCUGAUUUUGAAUGAAAAAUGAUAAAUCCCCAUAUUAUUAUAAUUGGAGUUAGGUCAAAAAUAUAAAAUAUUUUUUUGUGCAGCCCUAAGUGUUUUAUUGAUGGCAUGUUUUAGAAAACCCCAAAAAUGUCUGCCUUUCCUCCCUGUGAGUUAAAGGCUUGUUUGAAGGAGCAAGUCAGUGAUUCUGAAAGCUGAGAGAUUUGCUGUAGUUUGUCUAAGCCUUUGUGCAGACAUGCAUAGGUCCAGAUGAUCUGAUAUGGAGCAUUUUUUUAAUUAAAUCUGAUGCAAAAUGGUAAAUGUCUAUCUGUGAGUUUUGUAGUUUGAUGCAUUAGGAUUUGAAGAGGCUCUUUUUCUCCCCUUGUUUGCAGUGCGAUUGACUCAAGUGUGUGUACAUUUGACCUUUUUGUCUGUGGAAUCUGACCGAAUCCAACAUCUUUCCAAGCGUUUCAAAAAUAAUUCCGACGUUGUAUACAAAGCUUUCUCAUGUUAAUCCUGUGGAAUGUAUAUAUUAAAAAAAAAUGGCUUUUUUGAUAAACCCAGGUCUACCAGUCUUAAUUCUCAGGUCAAAAAUGAAGCCUUCUACUGACCUUCAAGUUUAUUAUCAGAACAGCUCGCAUCAAAUUUGUGAAUACUUUAUUUUUUAAAGAAAACCAUGUAUAGAAUGCACUGAUAGUACCAAAAAGUUGUUGUUACAUUCCCGAUGAUAUCUUGUUCUUGCAUUGCUCAGCCAUUAAAGAAGAAUCUUUGAAGAAAGUUUGAGGGCUCAAACAUUUUAAUAAGAUUAAAGAACAAGACACAUCAAGAGCUAAUGGCUAUGGCCAAACAAAGCAGAACUAGCUGCCUUGAUGAUAGUAAAGCAAAGUCAUAAUCUAAAGAAAAGCAGCUACAUCAUGUGAGUGGAUCACAGAGAUACUGUAGACCUCCCUUGGUAAACACUUAGACAACAUAUCCUUAUUUCUAAACACAGGACUUCUUCUUUAACAUACAGGACAUAAUAUUCACAAAUAAAUCUGUACAAUGAAAACAACCUGCCCUGUUCUGAUUGAGCUACAAAUGAUUCACAUACCAAGGAAACUGUGCAAAUAAAGAGUAUGAUUCCAUUCUUCACUCAGCAUGAAUACGUUUGACACCCAUUACAAAAUGAGAGUGUACCAAUAAAACAACGAGCCACCGGCCCCUCAC